AGUGGUGACUGUGAACAAGAUGCAGGGGCUCCAUGGGAAGCUCCUGAGUUCGAUCACUGAAUCCAUGCGUGACGGUUACAGUGAAUCACUGCUCAUAUGCGGAGCCCCCGUGGAGAAGAACAUCAGCGCUCUGAUUGAUGAGGUUAUCGUCAAACAGUUUCAUCCAGAAGGCAGUGUAGUGGACCUCUUCAACCCCGACACACAAACUCUGGAGGUCAUCCCGCAUCCGGUCCUGGGAGGUGUGAUCAGAGGUUUGGGCGAGUUGUGCGUGGGCUCUGCAGAUGAAGCCUACGCCCGCUAUAAAACAUGCAGGGAAGCGCAAAACACCAAAGAGGAGUUUGUUUCAACAAGCAGAUGUAGUUCGCUUUUCACACUGGCCGUGGAGCAGAAACUCCAGGAGGGGAAAGCGUCUUUUCAGCUCUGUCGUAGCAAACUGCAGGUGUUCAUUCUGGUGGGAGCAGCCACUGGGACGGACCUUAUGGGGGUCAACCCACUGCAGAAGGUUACGGAUCAAAUCCCAGGUGACGCCACCAAAACAGAUCCCCUCUUGCAUUUCCUUCUCAGCGAUGCACUCACAGGAAAUACAAGGACUGCACUCAUCUACUGCAUCCAACCUCAAGACGCUUUGGAUGAUGAGACCGAAUCUGCUUUAGCUUUGGCCCAGAAAGUGAAGUGCUUCACGACGAGGGCCUCUGUGCGUUGUUGGAGUCCAGAGAAAACAGAGCGAGAUAUCCGAGGCCGCAUUACUGAGCUGAGACAUGUCAUGAUGUCAGAUGCGUCUAAUGGGAUGCACAACAUCCACAGGCUUGCUGAGCUCAUCCAAAGCCUGCAGAUUGGGAAAGAGCAGUCCUGGGAGAAGAAAAGGGAAGGAUCAGAGAGGAUUCGAUUGAAGCUCGGUGGGCCCCAAAAGGGCCAACUGGGCAGCGACCUAUCUCCAGGUCACAGUGUCGCUGCCCCAACGGGUGGCGACACCACAGAAUGCUUGCGGAGAAACUUGAGGCAGGAGAUGGAGGCAUAUCUAAGAGAAGAUGGAGGGAGCGUGGACAAAAUCCAGGAAAGGCUAACAAGGAUCCUUCAGCUGAGAGAGGCCCUCAGAGAGGAACCGAUGAAGAACAUUUCUGCAGAAAAAUGUGACCUCUGUCUUCAACUAAAUGAUGAGUAUCACUUGGAAGAUUGCCACGCACACGAGCGUAGGAGGGAACUGAGGGCGCUCAGCGGGAGAUUAAUUCAGCAGGAGAUGGAGAAAAUGGAGAGAGACUUGGCAAGGGAGCAGCUUCCAUGUGAGGGCGUCCACAGGGACUUGCUGGUGAUGAGCAGAGAGAGAUACGUUCUGGUGUUGCAAAUGGAGGCCCUGCGAGAGGAGGCCCUGCAGGCCCACAAGGGCCUACAGGAGCAGCGUCACAAGCACCAAAGCGAGCUGCGACGUUUGAGGGAAGAGAGCCUCGAGGUGUUUCGGCGGUUUCAUGAAUCUAGUGAGGAUCUGAGAAGGAUGUCGGAGGCCAGAUACAGAAGCGUGCUGCUGGAGGCUGUGCACGACGCUGCUUACCAAUCUGCUCAAAACCAGCAGCUCCAAGCUGACAACAAACAACUGUGUAAAGGUGUGUUUGUACGUACAAUUCCAUCACAGAGGGAUUUUUAUAUGCCAUACCGAUGUUUUGUUUUACAGCUCUGGGUGAGUUGAAAGAUACGCUAACCAAGCAAGCCGUGCACGAAGCUUCUGUAUCCCACCAAAAACUCUAAACUUGACAAACAGAUGAAAGUGUAUGGAAAUACACUUGACCUUAUCGCAAUAAACGGGAAGCCCUCCUGAUCCAAUUGGUAUUUGCAUCAUUAUUUGAAAGUCCUCAAACCAUUAUGAACAGAAUUUUUAAAACAACGAAAAUGAGGCCAUAACACACAAUGAACAAUUCAUUGAGUACACCUCCACAAUCUAAUGAGGUACAACACAAGAUUAAGAAAAUGAAAAUCAUUGUAAAGACAAUGAUUAGGUAGGUGUUCAUGUAAUUUGAUCAUUACCAUGGUGGAAAUUUGCAGUCGUGUUAAAGUUUUUCAACAGCACUUGUUCUCAUUAGGGUUGUAGGUGAGCUUGAGAACGUCCCAGCUGACUUUGCGGAGAGUCCCUGGACUGGUCAACCAACCAGUUACAGAUUAUUAUAUCGGAAUCCUCAUUACAGGUAUUUGCAAAGUAUGUUAAAAACACACAAGGACUUUUUCUCCAGCAUUUGUCUCUAUAAAUGGGGAAAGUUUAGCACUGUUACUUCUCUUUCAAAAAGUGGCCAUCUUGUACAGAUCACAGCGCAGAACGUUUUUUGUGCAGUUAAAAAAAAAAAAAAGUGUCAUCUGAAAAACGUCCAGAAAUCAUUGACACAUGUCAGCAUCUCUUAAAAUAUACCACAUGGAGAUCAAGCAAAAAUCGGUUUCAAUAGGGAACACUCAUAUUGGAAACUUUGCUAAGGAGUACUUGGAUGGUCCACAGCUCUCCUGGCAUUUUUUUUUUUUGUGGGUAGAUGAAACUAAAGUUCAAGAGUUUUGGAGGAACACAACACCAUGUAUGGUAUGGUGUAUUAAAUAGUAUUGUGAUUUUGAUUAUUCAGGCUAUGUCCAAUCUAAAGGAUUCACAUACUUUUACCUUCCACCGCGUUAGCCUUUUUUGUGGUUGGAUGUUCAAGGCUGGGUUCCAAAAUCCCUGUACUAAGUUAGCAUGUUCUUCCCAUACUUGGACGGGUUUUCUCUGGGUAGUACCUCUUACUCCAAUAUUUCAAAAACAAAAUUCUAAAAAUGCAUUUUCCUCAAGUCUGAAUACUUAUAUGUGGCCUGUAAUUGGCUGCCGAUCAGUCCAGAGUGUACCUUUUACUUUCAGCCCAAGUCAGCU